UGAUAUCUUCUUGCUUGAUUCUUCUCUGAUCUUUUUGUUCCUCUUUUCUCGUCUCUCUGAAAAUCGUUUUCCGUUCUUCGCAUCGGAGAUAAAAAAAAAAAAGAAUGUCUUCGAAAGACAAGAAACCGGCGAGACCAUCGACUAGUCGUGGUGGAAUCCGAACUCUUUCCGAUCUUAAUCGUAGGUCUGGUCCUGAUUCCGACAGUGAUUCCGAUGGACCUCAAGAAUACUACACCGGCGGUGAAAAAAGUGGUAUGCUUGUUCAAGAUCCAUCCAAAAAAGAUGAUGUUGAUGAGAUAUUUAAUCAAGCUAGACAAUUAGGAGCUGUGGAAGGACCUCUUGAGCCUCCUUCGAGUUCGAGGAGUUUCACUGGAACUGGGAGAUCGCUUUCUGGUGAAAAUAUGUCUACUGGUCUUCAACAGCCUGAGCCUGUUGUUCACAACAUUGUUUUCUGGUCUAAUGGAUUCACUAUAGAUGAUGGUCCUUUGAGGAAAUUGGAUGAUCCUGAGAAUGCAUCGUUUCUCGAGAGCAUUCGAAAAUCUGAGUGCCCGAAAGAGCUUGAGCCUGCGGAUAAAAGAGCUCCGGUUCAUGUCAAUCUGAUGCGAAGGGAAGAGAAAUGUCCUGAAAGACAGAAGCGUAGGGUUUCAUUUCAAGGUGUUGGAAGAACUCUAGGUGGUAGCAAUGACGGCAGCGGAAGUAGCUCACCUGUUGCUCCAGACUCCGCUGCUAUUCCCAUCCAAACCAACCAAACCGUACCAGCCCCACCUCCAAGUCUUGUAAUAGAUGAAACUAUUCCAAUCACAUCGAUACAGCUUAGAUUAGCGGAUGGGACACGUCUGGUGGGUAAGUUUAAUCACCAUCACACGGUCAACGACAUUCGCGGUUUCAUUGACUCCUCUCGUCCUGGAGCUCCGGUGAACUACCAGCUUCAGACAAUGGGAUUCCCACCUAAGCCUUUGACUGAUCUCACUCAGACCAUUGAAGAAGCUGGUCUCGCCAACUCUGUCGUUCUUCAGAAAUUCUAGAAAAUUCUACAAGGUUUGUUCUUUUUUGUCUUUCUAUAUGUAUUAUUAUGAGAUCUCCAUAACUGUUAUAGUAACCAGAUCUUUGAAAUGUAAGUUACUUCUUCGCUUUGUAUACGCAGCAUAAAUGAGGGUCUCUCAUAUGAGAAGAAAAGACUUGUGGUAUAGUUUUUCGUAAUUUAUCGAAAUUAUAUAAUGAACAACUGUUAUAUAUUA